AAAAAUGGUGAAAUCGUCACAAUAUGAAAGAUUCUCAAAGGAUUUUGUAAUGGGAGGGGUAGCAGCAAUCAUAUCGAAGAGUGCCAUGGCACCAAUCGAGAGAGUGAAACUUCUAUUGCAAAACCAAGCUGAAAUUAUUAAAAGAGGGCAACUCAAGAAACCAUACAUGGGUGUGUGUGAUGGAUUUAAGAGGGUGUUUGCUGAAGAGGGUGUCAUUGCCUUUUGGAGAGGUAACCAGGCCAAUGUCAUUUUGCAUUCAAAGGUUACUUCAAAAGCAUUUUUGGGCAAUCCAAAGAGAGAGAUGGGUACAUUAAGUGGUUUGCUGGAAAUGUGGCUUCAGGAAGUGCCGCAGGAGCAACUACUUCACUGCUUCUUUAUCAUUUAGAUUAUGCACGAACACGAUUGGGCACUGAUGCAUUGGAGUGCUGUGCUACCGGUCAGCGCCAGUUUAAGGGGCUAGUUGAUGUGUACCGUAAAACCUUGUUAAGUGAUGGAGUUGUUGGCUUGUACAGGGGAUUUGGGGUGUCAAUAGUGGGAAUCACAAUGUACCGAGGAAUGUACUUCGGGAUCUAUGACACCGUGAAGCCUGUCAUUUUAGUUGGGCCUUUCAAGGUAAGAAGUACUUAUAUUUUUGAACGAGAGCUCAAUGUUUCACAAUAAAUAGGAAAAGUUCUAGUUGAUACUUGAUGCUUUAACUGAAAAUUCUUAUGGUAUCUUAACAAUUAGUCUGUUUAGUCUGUUUCAGUUUCACAAUAAUAUGUGGGUCCAAUGUUGAAGUGACCCUUGAUUACGCAGGUUUCCAUGAUGAUCAAACCCUUGAGUUUGAGUAUUCAUCUUCAGGACAUUUAGCAAGUCAGAUAACAGUAUUUCAGAUGACUAGUCACUUAGCACUAGUUCAGUUCUUUGAUGAUCCUUC